AUACAGAAUGGCAAACAUUCUGUAUGUCGUUCAAAUUUUAUUUUUCAUUUUUUUUACUUUACAACUAUACUUUUGGAUUAAAGCGAUAAAAAAACGAAAAUACACUAAAGAAGAUGUUUACUUCUCACUAAAACGUUGGUGGGCAGAGUGUUGUAUUAAUCUGAAAAAGAAACGAGACAGGAAUUUGCAUCAUUCUGGAAAAAAUGUUUUAGAAAAUUUAAAAAUCAAACAUGAAGAUAGCAACAACAGUGUACUUUUCUAUGGCACAGAUCAGAAAGGUAACUCCUUAUUUGUUAAAUUUUCUCACAGAAAAUUUCAACUGACUGAAGUAUCACUGCAGCUUUCUACAUCUGAUGGUCAGCUAUAUGUUUUGCCCGACUAUCCGGACACUACAUUGGUAAGCGGUUUAAAUCAGGAGUGGAUUGCAGGUGGACUUAAAAUUGAAUUUUUAGAAUUUCAAAAACGUUGGAGGAUAGUUUAUAAUGGCAUGCUUCGGAACUUAGCUCGCGGUGAUAAUAUUGAUCACGUUCGUUUGAAUUUCUUAUUUAUUAAAAGUUCAUAUCCUUUAAAAUGGCCAGAAGAUUGGAGUUCUAAAUUGCAUGCUGAAGUAUUAGCGAGUGAACCAUGGAGUUUCAAAUGGAUAAAUAAAAUAAAAUCAUUCGAUAACGCAGGUUUUGAUCAAAUGGGAUCGAUGUUGGGACAAGUAACGUACAAAGAUGCGUCUGUUUCUACAAUGUAUUUGCGUGGACUUCACCAGCAUCGUUGGGGAAAACAUGAAUUUCACGAAUCAGUUACUUUAUUCGUUGUAAUGCCAUUUGGGGAUAUAUAUUACCUUGGCGUGGGCAGUACAAAACACAGCUUUCCACAACUGCAGUUUGGUCAGUUUAAACAUAGUAAUGAAGAAAUAUACGAGAUAGAGAAAAUAGACUUCAAGUUAUCUGAUUUCACCCAAGGAAAGUUUAAUGCUAACUCUAUGCACAAAGUGGGAUUCGAAGUCGACGGUAAAGAGUAUAAUAUCGUUUUAAAGGGUAACGAUCCAAUAACAUUAUAUUAUGGUCAACCAUGGAACUGGAUAAAUAAAAUUGCUACUGUAAAGUUAGAAGUCAAUGGGAAAGAGGGUUCUGGAUUAAUACAAUUAUGGUCUCCUUAUACUGGACCAUGUCGUACAAAACUGCCUAAACAGUUACAGUUUUUGAAAGAACUCAACAUACCUGCACAAAGAAAUGAUUAUGUUUUAUACUUUAAUGAUGAGAAAUGUCAAAAUGAAAAUAUUGUCGGUGGAAAAGGAUUUUCUCUUGCAAUAUUAACCGCGAUAAGGGAUGUAGAAUACGUUGUACCGAGAGGAUUUUGCGUAACUGUUUUUGCCCUGGAAUUGCAAUUAAAUACAUAUAAAGAAUUACAAGAAAUAAUCAGUGACAUUGAGGACGUCAGUGUCGGUAGAAAGAACGGUGAUCUUCAAAAACGCUGCAACGAAGCAAUGAGUAUUAUUCAAUCAACUCCUUUAGCUGAUAAGAUUAGAAAUGCGGUUUUGAAAGGAAUAGAAAAUCUGGAGUCAGUAGAUGAUGAUAAAUCACCUAGAUAUGCAAUAAGAUCUAGUGCUGUAGGUGAAGAUAGCGAGGAAACCUCCGCAGCUGGACAGAAUUCAACAUAUUUAGGUGUUCAAGGGGCGGAUAAUAUUAUCAAAAGUAUAGCUAUGUGUUGGGCGAGUUUGUUUUCGUAUCAAAGUGUUAAGUAUAGGCAACAACAUGGCAUGUUUAUAAAAGCAUCUAUGGGAGUUUGUGUGCAAAAAAUGGUAAAUCCUGAUGCAGCUGGUGUAAUGUUCACUAGACAUCCAACCACCGGCGAUCCCUCAAAUAUUAUUAUUACAGCUAAUUAUGGACUAGGAGAGACGGUUGUAUCGGCAGCGGUUGAACCUGAUACUAUAGUCGUUCACAAAAGUUGGGAUAAUAAAUUAGCUGUAAAAAGUUCGACAGCAGGGAAUAAGAAGGAAAAGAUUUUGGCAAGUGGCGAUGGAGUAGUUACAGUUAAAUUGGACGAUCAAGAGAGGAAAUCAGUUUGCUUGCCAGACAAAGUAGCUUUACGAUUAGCUGCUAUAGGAAUAAAUUUAGAGACUCUGUUCGGCAGUGGUAGGGACAUAGAAUGGGCAGUGAUCGACGAGGAGAUCUAUUUACUUCAAGCUCGUCCUAUUACUACGUUAUACAUGUGGACAGAAUUCGAACUGAUACACGAAUUAGGAACAGGUGUUUCUAGCGAUAUUGACUUCAACACAUUUGCUAAUAUCGGCGAGGUAUUCCCACAUCCAAUAUCACCCUUAACAGCAUCUAUUCUUCCUUCAACGUUCAAUUCAAAUUUGAACGAUGAGAUUGGAACGAAAAAUCAAACCUGUUUCAACAUAGUCACCAUGAGAAACACCAUCAAUUAUUAUGCCACGUUUCUACGAAGGCCUGCUAAGAAAAUAACGCUUCAGAAUAAGAUCAUAGAUAUUGCACUUAGCGGGAAAGUGGUAAUAACACCGGAACAUCAUAGAAUCGCGUGUGAAAGAAACGGUAUAGCCACUGCAAGAUUUCAAAUGUUUGAAAUAAUAAAGAUGAUAAAAGAAAUGAUACAAAACGGUAGAAUAGAAAGAACUGCGGUGGAAGCUUGUAAAAAUUUAAAUUUAAAAGCAGAAGAAUUUUCUACCGCGCACAGUUUGUACGAUGAAAUCACUCGGAGAUUGAAGGAUUGUUUCAGACCGCAAGCAGAUUAUCAUUCGCAUGCAUCGAGAGUUAGUAUCGGUUAUCAAAUGUUCGCAAUGACACUACUGAUAAGCGGUUACACAGACUUCGUACCAGAGCACUUUUCAGACAUUGCGCUUUUAUUGAGUUCAUGCAGCGAUAUUAUUGGUACCGAGAUGGUGAUGAGCCUUAAAAAGAUUAUAACUUACAUAAAGAAAGAUGAAAAGGAUGAGGAAUUUAAAAUAGUUGAACCUACAAAAGGAACUGAUUGGUUGAAAAUUAAUUGCCCAGCUGCUGCAGAAGAAUUGGACAAAUUUCUUAAAGAGCAUGGACAUAGAUGUAUUCAGGAGAUGGACUUUAUCUCAGAACCAUGGGAUCUUAGGCGUGAGAAUCUCAUCGCCACGCUUCAGACAAUGAUAUCAAUCCAGGAAACGAGCAGUCCAAGUAAAGUACUCAGCGUGGAAGAAACAGUAACAUUAUUAAAAACACCAAAAUCAGCGAUUUCUAAAUGGCUCCUUAGAAAAAUUACACCUUUCUGCAGAAAAGCUGUUAUGCGUAGAGAGCUAACUAAAUCAAUUUUUGUAAAUGUGAUACACAAAUUCAGAAUAGCUUUUAGAAGAUUAGGAAAACUGAUGGUUUUAGAAGAAUAUAUACCUUCAGAGGAUCUAAUAUUUUUCUUAACGAUCGAGGAAAUAGGAGAAACUUUAAAUCAGCGUAGUGCAAUAUUAGUACAAAAAGCUUGUCGCAGAAAACGAAUUUUUCCUAAAUUAAAAGAAUUCGAAUAUCCAGAAUUUAACAUUGGCAUGCUGAACCCUAUAAAGAAAAGUAUAGAUGUACCAAUAAGCGAUGGUAAUGUGAAGAUUGAAGGAACUUCGGCAUGUGGUGGUUCCAUUGUUGGCAGAGCAUGUGUAAUAACAGAUGUAUCAGAAGCGAACGCUAUACAACACGGUGAUAUUCUAAUUACUCGUUCUACUGACAUUGCUUGGAGUCCAUAUUUUUCAUUACUGAGUGGAAUAGUUACGGAAUUAGGAGGACUUAUAAGCCAUGGAGCUGUAAUAGCUAGAGAAUACGGGCUUCCUUGUAUCGUGGGCGCUAACAAAGCUACACAAUAUUUUCGAACAGGCGAUACUGUAUUACUGGUUGCGGAUACUGGCACUUUGCAACUAGUGAAGAAACACGAAUAAGAAAACCAGAACAUAUAUUUUCACUCGUAAAUCAUAGUUCCAAUAACAUUUUAUCCACGAUGACUGGAUUGCGGCAGUAAUAGAUGCAAGGAGUGGAGUACAGUAAAAUCUCCCUAGUUGUCUCUUCGUUGCCCUGCUGACAGUGUCCAUCGGUUUCGUCCUACGCCUAUGUAUUUUUCACCUGACGCUCAUGGUCUGUUCGUUCGAGUUAGUCACGCGAUACACAACGCGGCUUUUUUGGUGAGAGUUAGGGGGCGAUUUAAAUGGAAUAAUGACACAUUGACAUAUUUUUAGAGAAAUUUGAUAUAUCUCAAAAACUACGCAGCUGAUGAAAAAAUGUCAUAGGACGUAAAUAGUUGGAAAUUUAAUUUUUUACAAAAAAGGUGGUUGGACUUUACCAAAAGGUGGGACGCAAAUUCGGAUGGGUCAUAUGUCAUUGGAAAGCCCUUGACGAGAGGAACACAGUGGUGUGGGUGGGAGGGCUUAAAUAUGUGACCUUGACCCGCUAGAGGUCAAAAACUAAAAUUAUGUUAAUUUUGUUGUGCGAGAGGUUUUCGUCCAGGUAGACCCGCUCCUGACGCUGGAUUAUGAUAAAAAAGCGAAUGUUGCUGUGUAACGUGCAAAUCACCGCAGAUACAGCACCAUCACCGCCAUAUUUAGGUUAGGUUAGGUUAGGUUGGGUUAGGGUGUCUUUUUCGAAGAUUUCGCCUCGUUAAAUAAGAAAAAAAAAAGUUAAUGAAUUUAUAUGUUUUGGGGCAUUUUAGUUUUUGACCUCUAGCGGAUCAAGGUCAUAUAUUUAAGACCUCCCAUCCACACCAUUGUGUUCCUCUUGUUAAGGGCUUUCCAAUGACAUAUGACCCAUCCGGAUUUAACGUCGAGCUUUUGAGUAAACUGAAUAUAUAUAUUUGACCUCUACCGGGUCAAGGUCACAUAUUUAAGUCCUCCCACCCACACCAUUGUGUUCCUCUCAUCAAGGGCUUUCCAAUGACAUAUGACCCAUCCGGAUUUGUGUCCCACCUUUUAGUAAAGGUUAACCAAAAAGGUCUCUUGAUAUUUUGCCAUAUUUCGCAUAGUUUCCGAGAUAUUUGCAGAUUUAUAAAAAACAGGAAAUCUACUUUACUGGCUAAACUAGGCCGAUUUGGUACCUAUAACAUAUAGAUUUUUUUAAACUCUUCUACGGCUUGUUGCCGAAGAUCAAAAGCAGCCGUAAGACUCGAGA